CGAGAGAGUGAGAGAAAGGAAGCAUAAAGGCAAUUCAUGUUUCAGGAUCUCCAGUCCUGAUAGCUGUCUGAUACAGUAGCUGGAUUGUUCACUCUGCCCUGAACAAGUGAGAGGUAUGUGUAAGUAGCUGGGGAAGUACAGAGAUCUGAACUACAUGGAACUGAAAUACCUAACCACACCUCGGCUCUGAGAGGCUGGCUUCCUGACCUCAACUCUGCAUCCUGGACAAUACUGAAUAAGCAGGGCUCCUGGAUUGCUUGAAUCUUCACCGCUCACCUUGAGGUCUAUAAUGAAAAGCACAAGCCCCCUGGGGAACCCUGGGGUCACCUUGUUAUUUCUUGUAUGCCCCCUGCUGGUGAUGCUGAGAUGCACAGCCAGUAAAACAGACAAUGGGAAUGUUGCAGAAACGGACCCAGAGAGAUGCAUGAGGCACCACUUUGUGGACACAAUCAGCCAUCCUUUAUAUAAAUGCAACUCUAAGAUGGUCCUUCUUGCACGCUGCGAGGGGCGCUGUAACCAGACCUCCAGGUCGGAGCCUGUCAUCUCCUUCAGCUCCAUCCUCAAGCAGCCCUUCAGGUCCACCUGCCACUGCUGCCGGCCCCACACCUCCAAGCUGAAGGCUGUGCGUCUGCGCUGCACAGGAGGUGCCCGCGUCACUGCCACCUACCGCUACAUCCUGUCCUGCAACUGUGAGGAGUGCAGCUAAUCCCUGGGGAAGAGACCACACCCCAGGGCCAUCAUUAGCACCUGGGUAUGUGGGUUUAUACAGCCCACACAGAAUGCUGUUUUUUUGGUACUAGCACAGAACAACCAAUAGGGAACCUAAUGAUGCAAUAAAAACAAUUGCCCAGAGGGGGCGCUGUUAAAUCCCUGUGUGCAAAUCACAUUAUUUAACAGGGAAGAGCGUUCAGGCUGGUUCAUUCUUCAUAUAGUGUACUUGGAGACAAUAGUCUCCUUCACUAGUAUAACAUCCUCCACUGGACUCCUCAUUCAGUCAAUGCACUGCCCUGUUGUCGCCAGAUUAACCAUGUGACAUGGGCUUUCACAGCGCCCCCUGUGGGCUUUUUUUUUAUUGUGUCACUGUGUUCCCCAUUGCUUAUUCAGUGCCAAUACCCAAAUGCAGCACUCUGUGUUGGCUAGAUUAGCCACAGAAAUGAUGGCUAUACCCCAUGAGACUUUCUUUUUGAAAUUGCAACAAAACUGCUUACUAAUGAAAUGGAUUUCUAAAA